CGAAAAGUUGCCUUCUCUAACAUACACACAAAACUUUCUUUAGUUGUUGAUUUAAUUUUACUUGUUAUAUACUGAUAUUUAUAAAAUAAACAUACAUACAUAUAAACAAAUAUUCCUACGUAUUUUACCAGCAAGGCUUAAAACUAAACUUAAUUUUAAAACCCACGACACUCCUACAAUAUUGUAACCAUGAAUAGAUUUGUAGAAGCAGAUGAAUAUGCCAAACUUGUCGAGAACGAAUUGCCAGAAAACGUGUUACAGGCACUUUCUAAACCUGUAAAUAAUGUGGGCUAUAGCAUGGGCUACGAGAAGUCCAUCGUGCAAAAUAUAAACGCAGACCAAGAUCCAAUAAAAGAUAUGCAUUCUUUAAAUGAAUUGUCGUUACAAGUGGAAAAAAAGACAGGGGAAAAAUUUGAUAUUGCUGAAGACGAUGUCUUAGAAAUAACACUUCGUAAUUAUCUUGCCGUUGGCGUGCAGUGGGUUUCGCUAGUGACAGAAAACUUACUAAGUCAUCCAUUUAUUGUCUUGCGUAGACAGUGUCAAGUUUUUAACACGUCAAAUCGUUACCACAUUCACCCAAUAACACUACUGCCCAGUAUAUUAAAUUUACAAAGGCGGCAAGGGUUAGCUACUUUAUGGAAGGGUGUCGGUAGCUGCCUUCUUGUGCGUGGAAUGACCCUGGCCAUUGAUGAUAUUAUUUCCAAAUUCACUGGUUGGCCUAAGGAAGUAAACAGUAAAACAACAUUGAAGAGAUUCGGACAACACAUUCUCCUCAAGUGUUUCAGCAUUGGAGUGGUUGUACCAUUCCAUUCUGCAUCUUUAGUGGAGACGGUCCAAAGUGAUAUAGCAAGUGAAAAACCAGGACUUUUUGAUAUAUUUCGAGAAGGAAGUCUUCGAUUUCUGUAUUGGAGUUCACCACAGAAGGGCAGAAUGCUGCCUGCUUGGGCGUUAAUAGGGCCAUGUGUUUCAUUGGGAAUUAUAAAGUAUUUAUUCAGUUUAGUAAUUCGUGGGCUGUCUUCUAGGAUUAUAAGACGGCGGUUAACAGCUUUAAGAAAAAAACGUGCUGAAAAAAUUUGCGAUGAUGAGCUAGAAAAUCAAAAUGCUGAGAUAUAUACCAAUCUUAUAACAACAAUAACCACCGAGGUCAUUUUCUAUCCUUUUGAAACCGUGUUACAUCGUCUUCAACUACAAGGUACACGAACUAUUAUUGACAAUUUAGACAAUGGUUAUGCAGUUGUUCCAAUACUAACAAACUAUCAAGGAGCCAUCGAUUGUUACCAAUCGACCAUAUUUUCAGAAGGUUUUUGUGGGCUCUAUAAAGGAUUUGGCGCAAUGAUUCUACAAUUCAUGUCACACCUUGCUGUCCUUAAACUAUCAAAGUUGAUUGUAAGCAAAAUAUCUGAAACUCUUUCAAAUCAGCCAUCAUCACGAGUUGUGCACUACUAUAAUAUCGAUAAUAUUGUUUGUAGUUCUAGCUCAUCGAAUAUGUCGUAAAGCAUAGUUUUUCCUAAAAUAUAUUAAUUAAGUGACAACUAAGGAGGACUAUAAUAUAUUUAAUGUAUUAAAAAUUUAAGAAUUUGUUAAAAAAAUAUUUCCUUAAAUAAACCAACUUGUCUACUUUUAAAUUAAUUAAACAUUUUAUGCAUAAAUAUGUAAAACUUAUUCAAAAUAUGCAGGUAAAAAAGCUAUGUCAAAUCUAUUGAGAUAAAAAUGAAGAUGUUUUUAAA